UGUUCACAAAAACUGAAAAAAAUAAAUAUUAAAACGUGAGUUGAUUUUUUCCAAAGAAUUUUUGGAUUUUUCUCACAUUUUUGGGACUUGAUUUGAGUUUUUCGUCAUGUCUAUGUUCCCUGUUCCUCCGGGAGCUCACGAACCAGAGCCGAAACGUGACUUUACGUUCUUCGAAAAGAAAGAAUUGGACGAUUUAGCGAAGCAUUUUAUUGGAAACAAUCAACGAUUUCGUGAGAAUAUAAUCCUCCCACAGACACUAAUUCAGUACAAAAUCAAGACAAAUGAGGAGAAAAUGGUUGAUGCUGCCUUUGAAUCGUGCACUUUCAAGUCCAUGAUGAGUUGCGUCGUUGGUUAUGGGCUUGGAGCGGCAAUUGGAUUGUUCUCGUCUUCCGUGAGUCCGAAUAUGGCAGAUCCGCACGCACUUGAGAAGAGCAAAUCAGUCGGCACGGAGAUUUUACGCGAAAUGAGAGGUUCCAUGCAUUCGUACGGCAAAAAUUUCGCCGUUAUUGGUAUGGUUUUUUCGGCGAUCGAGUGUGUCAUUGAAUCGAAACGAGGCGUGACGGAUUGGAAAAAUGGAACGUACGCCGGCGGAGUGACGGGAGGAUUGAUUGGCUUGCGAGCUGGCGUGAAAGCGGGACUCUUUGGAGCAGCAGGCUUUGCAGCAUUCUCAACCGUGAUCGAUUAUUACAUGAGACAUCGAUGAGCGGCAUAAAUAUUUUAAGUGUUAGAUGAUAGAAAUUUAAAAUAAAAAAAUUAUAGAAAAUUUAU